AGUGAAGAACUAUGAUGAAAUUUGUUAUGCAUUAGAAAUUCGUAGUCGGUGACGUCCUCAUUUGCCCUCUACCAUAUGCAGACGCAAAUACUUGUUCAAUUUAUUUCAUUUAAAUCCAUAUCUUCAUCAACUUGUAUUAAAUCCAUCUUCAAAUGUAUUAACUUGUUCAGUUCCAUUUGGCCAAUAAUUUUCUAUAUAAAGGAAGACAUUAUUAACAAGUGAGAGAGAGAGAGAGAGAGAGAUGGCCGGAGGUGGUGGAGAGGGAGCUUCCCUAGAGUAUACUCCGACAUGGGUGGUGGCGGUGGUGUGCAGUGUCAUCGUUGCCAUAUCCUUUUUAGCCGAAAGAAUUCUCCAUGUUUCCGGCAAGUAUUUAUUGAAGAAGAAUCAGGGCUCUCUGUUUCAAGCCUUGCAGAAAAUCAAAGAAGAGUUGAUGUUGCUGGGGUUCAUAUCUUUGAUGCUGGCUGCAUUUCAAUCCAGACUUAGUAAAAUCUGCAUUCCUAAGGGCUGGACCAAUCACUGGCUCCCUUGCAAUAAAGAUCUCAAAUCCACCGCCCACUUCGCCACCUUUUCCCGCCGCCUCCUCGCCGCCGCAUCCGACUCCGAAGGCUACUGUGAGGCCAAGGGAAAGGCGCCAUUGCUGUCUGUGCAAGCACUGCAUGAUCUCCACAUUUUCAUCUUUGUGUUAGCUGUUUCCCAUGUUGUAUUCUCAGCUCUUACACUCAUCUUCGGAGGUUUGAAGAUACGACAAUGGAGACACUGGGAAGAAUCCAUACUGAAAAAAGAAUAUGAUCCGGAAGAAGCCAUUAGAACUAUAACUCAUGUCCAAGAUCAUGCCUUCAUCAGGAACAGAUUUUCGGGCAUCGGUAGGGUUCCAUUUUUUGGCUGGUUGAAAUCUUUCUUCAAGCAAUUCUUCCGUUCAGUCAGCAAAGAAGACUACACCACCCUCAGGCUUGGCUUUGUUAUGAAUCAUUGCCGAGGAAAUCCCAAGUUCAAUUUCUACAAGUACAUGACUCGUGCACUCGAAAAUGAUUUCAAGAAAGUUGUUGGAAUUAGUUGGUAUCUUUGGGUAUUCGUCGUUCUCUUCUUGUUGCUCAAUGUGUAUGGUUGGCACGCAUAUUUUUGGAUCUCCUUUGCUCCUCUAAUACUUCUGCUUGCUCUUGGGACUAAGCUGGAGCACAUAAUCAUCCAACUAGCUCGAGAGGUGGCGGAGAAGCACAUAGCAGUCGAAGGAGACUUGGUUGUAAGCCCUUCCGACGACCACUUCUGGUUCCACCGGCCGCGCCUCGUCCUCGUCCUCAUCCAUGUCAUCCUCUUCCAAAACGCCUUUGAGAUCGCCGUAUUCUUCUGGAUGCUCGUCAUGUACGGCUUCGACUCGUGCAUAAUGGGAGAAGUCGGCUUCGUCAUUCCUAGACUCGUCAUAGGGGUGUUUGUGCAGUUCCUUUGCAGUUACAGCACUCUACCGCUCUACGCCAUUGUUGCGCAGAUGGGGAGUUCGUUCAACAAGGUGAUAUUCGAUGAUAAUGUUCAAGCCGGGCUCGCUGGUUGGGCUCGAAAGGCCAAGAACAAAGGCGUGGCAAAGGGCAAGGGUUCAGUUUCUAACCAUCAAGAAUCUCCUCUUCUCAAACUUGAAAUGAUGCAGAGUCCACCUACAAACCAUAAUAAUGGGCCAACUCCAGAAAUCAGACAUGCUACGUGAUUCAAACAAGGCAUAUGUCCAAGAUUGUGUUUGGAUUGAAGAAGUUGAAGACAAAGAUCCAAACUUGUACAAUUUGACUAGUAUCAUGUGAUCAUCAAUUCAAAGUCUUUCAAUCUAUUUAGUGACAUUUCAUGUAUGUUGUGGUGUGUGAGUGUGUUUCAUUUUUU